AUCAUAUCUGUCAAAAAUAUUAAACUAGAAAAGCCCAAAGUUCAUUCAAGAACCUCAUACCAAACCAUACAGCAAAAGCAUUAAAGACCUCCUUCCUGUUUAAAAAGGAGAGAAAGCUGAAAGAAACAAGAAGCAGCAAAUACAAAAAGAAGUGCAGAAAAAACCAUUGGAAGAAAGAAAGAAAGAAAAUGGAAGAGGCUGCAGAUAUUACAGAGAAAAAAGAGAGAGGUGAUGAAGAGACUAGCUUAACUAAAGUUUAUGAUAUUUCCAAGAAUCCAAUUUUCUACUUCCAAGAAGCCAUUAGAGCUAUUCUCAACUGUCUUGGUUUUGAAUCUUCAAAACCUGAGUCGUCGUCUUCUUCUUCUUCUUCAAGUAUGUCAGAUCAAAAAGAAGAAAAAGAAGAAGAGAGUAUUAAAGAAGAGAGUAGUGAACAAGAAAAGUGUGUUUUCCAAGAAGAAGAUGGUCCUGAAGGGAAGCAGGCUUCAACAAAUACUAACAACGAAAACCCUAGUACUCCAUCAGCUAAUGAUCCACCUCAAUCCCAAACACUUAUAGAAGCAGCAACAAGGAGGGGAAGAACACCACCAAGACCUGGAGUUAGCAGAGGAAGUCCUCCUCAGAACAAUUAAUUUAAAUUACAUACUCUUAAAAUCUAUGACCCAUUUUCAUAAUUUGGCUAGGGUUUUAUUGAAGUUAUAUAUAUAUAUAUAUAUAUAUAUAUAUAUGGUCAACUUUCAAGACUAAGUUUUGCUGGUCUUUUAUCUUGGUUUGAUUUCCAUACAAGUCAAUUGUUUUAUGUUGUUUUAGGUCCUUUAUUUGUUUAUACAUAUUGUGAGAUAUAAGGAUCUUAUAUGUGCAAGUUAAUAGUACAUAAUCUACAACUUAUUUGUCGAGUU